GCCCGAGGACUUACAUAAAACUCCUCCGAGGACUUUUCACACUUUUAACGCCUAAAAGUCGCUUUACUCGCCCAUAUCUCGGACGAGGAGGCCUACACGUCGUGGAAAUAAAAAGUUGUGGUAGUUUUGAACUUCUACCGGAGGCUUCUUUCGAUUAAAGACAACAAAAAGUUGUUUUUUUUUCAGCUGAGAGGCACUCGGGACGCGAAGCAGCCGAGGACCGAGAGGAGGGGGGGAUUUCUAAUCGUCUCCUUUUCAGUUUUUUCGGGGGCAUGCGAGUCUUCUGAACACGCCCGGACCUGUUAACGCGCACAUAAAGCCGGGAUAAAGCCACUUGUAGCUCACUUUGUUUCUUCUGAAUUCAACAUGCUGCCGAAUACGGCGCUUUACGCCGCGAAGAAACGGAAGAAGCCCGUCCAGAAAAUGCCCAAACCUCCACCUCCUGAGGGCGCCAAGUCCAACCCGUCCAAACGGCAUCGCGACAGGCUCAACGGCGAGCUGGACAAGCUCACCAGCCUGCUGCCCUUCACAGAGGAGGUGCGGUCCCGGCUGGACAAGCUGUCCGUCCUCCGCCUCAGCGUCGGGUACCUGAAGGUCAAGAGCUACUUCAACGCCACCAUGAAGAUGGGCCAGAACAACAACUCCAGCUACACUAGCGAGCGGAGCAUCAUGUUUGGAGGAAACAGCCAGAGCUCGGCGCUGCAGCCAUCCUCCGCAACCUCCACUGCCCCCUCCUCCUUCACGACUUCCACAGUGACCUCCAUCGAUGGGGUGAACUUCUCUGAGGGAGACCUGCUGCUUCAGGCGUUGAGCGGCUUCGUGUUGGUGGUGACAGCAGAAGGCUACGUCUUCUACACGUCCCCCACCAUUCAGGACUUCCUCGGCUUCCAUCAGUCGGACGUCGUCCAUCAGAGCGUGUUUGAGCUGAUCCACACAGACGACCGAGCUUUCUUCAGACAGCAGCUCCACUUCUCUCUCAACCCAAACACAGAGGGCGCCGACGGCCCCAGUGACCAGAGCAACCCUGAGAUCAGCAGCAACAUAGUGAGCUACGACCCGCAUGCCGUCCCUCCAGAGAACUCGUCCUUCCUGGAGAGGAACUUCUGCUGCCGCCUGCGCUGCCUGCUCGACAACUCGUCCGGCUUCCUGGCUUUGAACUUCCGCGGCCGCCUCAAGUUUCUCCACGGUCAGAACCACGUGUCGGAGGACGGGUCGCUGGUUCCUUCGCAGCUUGCUCUGUUUGCCAUCGCAACGCCGAUGCAGCAGCCAUCCAUCCUGGAGAUCCGCACCAAGACUCUCAUGUUCCAGACCAAACACAAGAUGGACUUCACACCCAUAGGCGUCGAUGCCAGAGCGAAGCUGGUUCUGGGCUACUCCGAGAUAGAGAUCAGUAGAAAAGGCUCCGGCUACAACUUCAUCCAUGCUGCUGACAUGUUGUACUGCGCAGAAAACCAUGUCAGAAUGAUGAAAACCGGAGAGAGUGGCAUAACCAUCUUCAGACUGCUGACCAAGGCCGGCCGGUGGGUCUGGGUCCAGGCUAACGCCCGACUCAUCAUAAAAAACGGGAAACCCGAGUUCAUCGUGGCCCAGCAGAGAGCUUUGACAAAUGAAGAAGGAGAAGAGCAGCUUCGCCUCAGACGGCUGCAGGUGCCAUUUAACUAUGCCACAGGAGAGGCGCUGCUGUAUGAUGUCACCCCCAACAUUGAGCCCCGUGACCCGUGCUCCGCCCCCAAGCAGGGGAAGUUUGACAGUGACGCCAUCAGCCGCGACUCCUUGCUGGGCUGUAUGCUGAAUCAGGACCAGUCGCUCUAUUGCGAUCAGAACAGCGCCAACACCCUCAGCAACCUCAACGACAUGGUCUUCAAGGACACCAACGCCACACUCAACGUCCCCGGAGACACAGAGCCCAGCCCGGCAGUGGGAAACGUAGUGAAAGCGGAAGCCACGGUUCAGGAAAUCAUGGAGUCCCUGCAGCAGAUCUUUGGGGACGGUGAGCUCAUCGAAAGCCUGCACGUUGAGCCUGAUGAGCUCAAGAGCUGGGAGAGCACGCUGUUGCAGAUGAGCUGCCACGGUGGGUUUGGCGACGACCUCAGCGACAUUCUCAACAACGACAUCCUGUCUUACGUGGAGGAGCAGCUGCAGAAGGACGUCGGGCUCAACCUGCCGCAACAGAUUGACGGCAUCCCAGCCUGCCUCUCUGGUUUGGACCCACUUCAAAACCAGGAUCCAGAUCGAGGCGGGGAGCUGAAUUUUGACUGGGCUCUCGAGACGCAGACCCAACUGAUACCCAACGGAGUGCAGAUGACGGGGACGAUGAAACUGAGCCACAUGGACUUUCCUCAGCCUAAUUCUUCUGGGCCCAAUGGACUGACCUUUAACAACGUCCUGCCAAACAGCUUUCCUCAAACACAAAGUCAGCUACAAGCCAGCAGCAUGGACAACAACCUCGGAGCGUUCCCGCUCAGGCAGCCUUCAACCAACCCAGUGCCUCUUCACAUGAUCCCAGCCAACCAAACAUUUGGCCUCCAGGACCAAAACAAAGAAGGACAGUUAAAUAAUGUCUUUACCUUCCAGGGCACCAAGUGCAGCAAAUCAGUGUCACACCAAGCAGACAGCUGUGGAGAAACAUUUGCCUCCAAUAUUUCAAACAAGGCUGUUUUCUCUUCAUCACUAAGCUGCAUGCAGAGCCACUUCCCUGUGGAGACCCCAAACAGCAACAGUCAGAGGCAGGCGUGGCCUCAGCAGCUGAUCACAGGUCAGCAGAAUGGCUCUUUCCAGAGGAACCCCACAGACAUCGGCUCUCUCAACAAGCCGAUGUUCAUGACUCCAGAGACUUCUAAUCCACUUCCUGUUCAGCGGUCGCCAGCUUCUACAAGCUGUAUGUACAGAAAUGCCGCCCCAGGACUGCCUGUGAACGGCGUGCACCACAGUCAGCCGACGUUGAACCCGCCCCCCAGUCAGAUUCCCUCCAAUCCCUCCUGCUUUUACCAGGUCGGAGGAAGAGCCGUAUCAGGAAUGGCUUCGAUCCCAAAUUUGGAUGAGGCGUCACUGUCCUGUCAGAUGUCCACUGGUCUGAAACCGAACGGCCUGCUGGGGCAGCAGAACCAAUAUCUGAACUUCAGUGAGCAGACGCAGAUGAACAACCGUCCAGUCGUCGGGAACGGAGUUUUCCCCUUUCCUUCGCUGCCCAAUGGGAACAUGUGCUACUCAGAGAACAAAUAGGAAUCAGUCACUGUGACUUCUGGACGGCAGAGGAUCUCAACUUGAACUGAAAGGAAAAGACUGAAGAACAAGAAAGUGCCAGAAAAUGGAAGAGAAGACAAUCAAAGACACCCCUCCCUUCCUCUUUUUAUUUGUUUCCUUUUCUUUCUCUUAUGACGAAGCAGUGAUGAAAGCUGUUAGAGUUCAUGUUUGGUUCAGGGUGGCUCAACAGGACGAAAAAUCAGGAUAAAAGCUUGGAUUCCUCUUUCGGAUGUGGUUGGAUUGUACCAAUGCAAAACGACUGCUUAGUGGGAAUAUUUGGAUGUAUGGGAACCAAAAUGAGUCCAGUCUGACUGAAUUGAUCCCUCUGAUGGAAACAAGUUAAAGGGCGCUGCUUUUUAACAGAGGUAGGUAGGUGAAGCUGACAUGACCAACCAAUCAGACCUCAGCCACCAAAACCCAGUUAACCAACUCAAAUUGUUUUAAUAUAUUUGAAAUGAGUUUUUAAACCAAAAAAUGCCCCAAAUUUUGAAAACAGGUUUUCCAACAGCUGGCAGAAACUCAGCAAAAAACGGAAGGAGGCUCCACCUGGUGGUGCUAUCCAGCAAUUGCACUUUAAAAGCCAAUUAAUUAAGAGGAAGAUCACUAUAUUAGUAAGGUCAUUUAUAUAUUCCGCCACAGAUGAGGACUGGCUGGUUGGGUUAGCUUCCCCCUGUUGUAAUAAAAAGCAGAUGAUUUCCCUUCUCUUUUAUUUUUUAUUCUUUUUAAAAAAUCCCCUUACUGUGUGGAUGGGACUUUCUGGGUGGGACAGAUGGACCUGGAAGUUAAAGGAAACAUCACUGAGGCAAAUGCCUGUCAAUCCUCUGCCGUCUGCAACGUACACAAUUUCGACACCUUUGCUAAUUUGAACGCUCAGAAGGAUAGCAUAUACCAACUUUUUUUUUUUAAACAUUGCUGUUUUAUGUCCUUUUGAACAGGCAUCCUGAUUCAGUUCAUUUCAAGUCUUUACUGUCCCAGUGAGGGAGAUUUGCUUUGCAGACAGGGUAGAAAAUUAUUGUAGUUUAAAAAGAAAAGAAACGCACAACCAGACAUCGGCAUCAUCCUACUAACAGACCAUAUGUAAGAUUUAAUUCAGUGAAAACAGCUGCUUGUUGAUAUAUUUUAAGAGCUUUGUCACUGAGCCAGUUUUCUUUCCUUCCUUUUCCUUUUGUGUUGUUGCUUUAUUUUUAUUGUACCGGGAAAAAAAUUGCAGAUCGUGCCUUAAACUGACAGGAACUUUAAAGGGACAGUCAGUAGAGAUUAAUUAGCAGACCAAAGUUGCCCUUGCCUUAACUAAGUCACGCAGGCCCAAAUAACCUCCAGCCACUAGGGAGAAGCAUGCAUUCUCCAAACAAGCGGUGCUCGAGGUUGCAAUCAAUCACAAAAAACUUCUUUGUGGUUGUUUAGAUUGUUACCAGAUUGCUGCGGUCACCUAUUUGUUUCCAUGAAUGACAUUUUUUUUUUUACAGUUUCACUACCACUAAAAUAGUUUGCAGACAAGUGAGCGACAACUGCUACAAUCUGCUAGCGACCAACGCACUUGCAAGGAGAUUUUCAGCGCAAAUGAUUUACCCAGCAACUGCAAGCAACCAUUGUUUGCCUGUGUGACUGAAGCUUUAGCCAUUAUUUGAGAUUUUUUUUUGCACUACUCCUUUAAAUUGUUUGACUUGCCAAAGCACAGUGAGAAGUCCGAGACUUACUAUUGCUAGACAAAAAACUGAGAACAAUUUAGACAACUUUAGUACUUAGUUGUUGUUGUUGUUUUUUAAUUAUGUCAUUUAAAGUUUAUAUCAAAAUGUUUUAAUGAUAAAAUCAAACAAAUUAAAAUAAAACUUAAACUGAGUCAAAGUUCAGAUUUUGUUUAAAACUUUUAUUGUUAUUUUUUUUUAAUCCAAACAACUAAAUCUUAAAAAAAACUGAAGCUGAGGAUGUUUUUCAAAACCAGAUUUCUUGUUACCCACAACAAACCUCCAUCCUUUGUCUUUUCUGCUUCUUUUACUCAUUUCUUGCUAUCAGAGUAACAUUGAAACACAGAAGUAAAACACUCAGAGGCAGCUAUUGUAUAUUUUAAAUGAGAGAAAAAUGGAAAAAAAAAAAAAAAGAAUUCACACUUUAUAGUGUCUUUUAAAUUGACCUCUUUUUGACUGUCUGUUUAAAACAGUUUAGGAAACAAAGCAACCCGUUCUGAGCUGUGAAUUAUUGUUCACAUGACUAAACCAGUGGCAUCAAGGUUAUAAACUAGUGCUGUCAGGGUUAAUCUCAUUAAAAUGACGUUAACACCAUAACCGCAUUAACGCAGCAAAUCUCCGUUAGCGAGUUAACGCGGAUCGCCCCGCAUUAGAACGUUAACACGUUAGCGCCGUCCAGCCCCACGCACUAUAGUACAGGUAUGGAACCCCACAAAACAACAGUUAGUCAGAGAAUAAGUGAAUAACUACACAUAAUAAUGUUAGGAAAAUCUCUUGAUGUUUCAUGUGUCUGAAAGAAAAAAAAAUCUGCCAGUAUAUCAUAAUAUUGGAUUUUUAGAUUACCAAUAUCGGUAUUGGUAUCAUUCUUCAAAACCCUAUAUCGGUCAGGCGCUAGUUAUCUGAAAGUGUUUUUUAGUUUUUUACAGCUUGAUCUAAAGCACCAGAAUUUGACCUCAUGCAGCUCCAAGUUUAUGCCUGUGUAAAUGUCAUUGUGAACUUUUGCAGCAGUUUCACCAAAAGCCAUGAAAGCAAAACUAAAUAUCAGCACUCACGGGUGGAGAUGGAGAUUCAGUACAGAAAUAGUUCUUCACAGCACUUCUGCUUCUCCUCCUCCUCCUCUUCUUUUAAUCAGAGCUUUUCUUCAUAAAGUAUUCUCUCAGUGGAAAUAUAAAUAUCUCAUGUUUCUUUAUCUACAUUAUACUCACUUUGUACUUUUACUCUACUUUCAUUUUCAAUCCGUCGGAGGCCAAGACUCCAAAUGCAGUAUCUUUGUGUAACUGUAUAUAAAUAUAUAUGUUUGUCCUUUUAUGCUUUUUUUUCCAAAGUAUGUAUUGUCAUAUAUUGUGUAUUUUAAUAUUAUAUUGCCUUAACAUGACCCACGCUUAUCAUUUUUUUGUACAUUUUCUGCACAGUGUAUAUGUAUGUAACCUCCUGUUAUGAUGUUUUUUUUAUCAUAUCUUGUGGCUUUGCCGUCAAUAUUUGGCUUUAAUUGUGUAUGAGUGUUUGACUCUUUACAUGCUCACCAUAUAAAUUAAAUGUGAUCUGAUCACUGCAA